AUGCUGUUGGGAUUCCUCGUAAAGUCUGUCCUUGUAGGACUUGCCCUUGGGUCUCAACUGCAUUCACAUCAUGCCCAUCACCACCACCACCACCUUCAAAAACACCAUUCCACACAAGAGGCAGUCGCAGACCUCGUCGAAACACCUGGUGCAGCGCAUUCCGCCGGAGAUCUCAAUCGUGUAAUCCCUCGAGCCAUCUUAGAGGAGAAUAGGGGAGUUUUCGCGCAUUUCAUGGUCGAGAAUGCUCGUACGUGGUUUGCCGAUACAUGGGAGGUUGACAUCAGCUUGGCCAAAGCUGCGCAUUUGGACGCCUUUGCCCUGAACUUCGCGGCGUCUCUUACAGACCUGCGGCCUUUGCAAACGGCCUUUGCCGUGGCGGAAAAACUGGGGUUCAGCCUCUUUUUCUCCUUCGACUAUGCUGGCGCUGGCCCCUUUGAGAAAGACGUCGUGAUAGACAUCAUUGGCCAAUUCCAGUCGUCGCCGGCUUAUUAUACAUACAAAGGGAAACCGCUGGUCUCGACGUUCGAGGGUCCCGGGAACGCUGCAGACUGGAAGGACAUCAAAGCCAAGACCAACUGCUUUUUCAUUCCGUCCUGGUCGUCCCUUGGUGCAAAGGAGGCGCUCAAGCUGGGCACGCCGGAUGGGCUCUUCAGUUGGGCGGCCUGGCCGUGGGGGAAUCAGGACAUGGAUACUUACGUUGACGCGUCCUAUCUUGAUUAUCUGGAUCAGGCUGGGGGCAAGGCGUAUAUGAUGCCCGUCUCCCCGUGGUUCUACACCAAUCUUCCGGGUUACGAUAAGAAUUGGAUAUGGCGAGGUGACGACCUCUGGCGAGACCGCUGGGAAGAGGUUAUGGUAGUGCAGCCUGAUUUCGUUCAGAUCAUCAGCUGGAAUGACUACGGGGAGUCGCAUUACAUCGGCCCGUUACACGACAUUGACAACUACGAGGCAUUCAGCGUGGGCAAGGCGCCCUUCAACUAUGCCAAGGGCAUGAAGCAUGAUGGGUGGAGGCUCUUCCUACCCUACUACAUCGACACCUACAAAUAUGGGAGGGCAUCCAUUUCGCAUGAAGGCGUGGUGGGCUGGUAUCGCCCGAAUCCUGCUGCUGCGUGCGAUGAUGGCGGUACCACAGGGAAUACCGCCAGCCAACUGCAAUAUGAGUUCCAGCCAACAGAGGUUGCGCAGGACAAGAUCUUCUAUUCAGCCCUGCUAACCUCCUUGGCCACGGUCACCGUCACUGUUGGCGGCGUGUCUAUUCCUGCCACCUGGCAAGAUAUCCCAGACGGCGGCGUGGGGGUCUAUCAUGGCAGCGUUGGAUAUGGUGCAGGUUUCUAUGGGGAGGUGAAGAUUGCCAUUUCUCGCUCUGGAAGCACCAUUGCCGAAUUUACUAGUCCUCCGAUUACCACAAGCUGCCCUGAGGGCUACACCAACUGGAAUGCUGUGGUCGGCGGUGCUUCGGGCCCCAGUAUCUCUGCUCUCUCCCCGAAACUCGCAAUCAGCGAUCAGACUUGCAUCGAGGGCACCGCACCGGGUAACUUCCAGGGUCUAUGCGAGUUUACCUGCAAGUAUGGGUACUGCCCUAUUGGAGCUUGUGUAUGCACUAAAUUGGGCGCACCCAGAGUCAAGCCCAAGGCCACUGGGAAUAAAGGAUACCCCAUUGCAGGUGAAGGAUCCAGCUAUAUCGGUCUCUGCAACUUUGCGUGCAACUACGGAUACUGUCCACCGGAGGCCUGUGGCGGAGUCGAGGUUGCCCUCACAGAGCCAACCGUCUCGCCUUUCCUACCGUCCGCGUGCACUUCAGGCGCAGGCCAGGGUGAUCUGGUGGGACUUUGCUCGUACGCCUGCAACUACGGAUUCUGUCCGAUCCACGCAUGCACCUGCACAAGCACCGGCGCCCUCAAUCAGCCGCCCGCUGCCAACACCACGUUUACAGCGGUUUACAAGGGCGACGGUGAUGACGGCGGCCUGUGCAAAUUUGCCUGCCAGCGCGGGUACUGUCCCGAUUCCUGCGCCAGCACGGAAGGCGAAAUCCUAGUCUGCUCCGAUGACGACGACGACAUCGAGCCAGGGUGUGAGGACAACUCCCCACCACCCUGCGAUCUCAGCCGGACCUUCACUUCCCUGGACGCCCUCGCAGCAGCCAAGGACAUCCCCGACGUCUGCAUAUCCAUGUACACGAUGCAGGUCCUCAUGGACAUGCUGGACACCGCGCUCGCAAACUACACGGACGUGAACAACGGCUACGACGAGAAAUUCGACUACUACGUCAAAUACCUGCGCGACAUGGUGCCCGGCGCAAUCAACACGGUCAUUGCCGACCACGGCAAAUACGUCCAAUGCGCCGAGUUGACGAACGACGGGUUCAAGGAUCCGGAGCCGUGCUUUAUCUACCUUACCAGCGACGUAUGGACAGUCAAGUACACCUUUGUCAACGAAACCGGGUUCUACGACGAGCUGCAGGCGCAAUACGGGAUCCAACGCGACUGGGUGGAGGUCUCGGACGUUGUGAAUAAGGACGAUCACGAUUGCAGGCCGAACUUUGGAAAAGCCGACAGCGUUCAGUGCCACCACAUCAACCAGAAGGACAAGGAUAUCCCACAUAUGAACGCCAGCUUCGUGGUCCCCAACCCCAAGGACUCCAUUGCAGGGGCACUGCCGCGGUUCCGAGAUCUACAGCUUGAUGUUGCCGCGACGUGGGGCGACCUUUCGUUCUUCCUGUGGGAGGGCAACGACACCGAUGCUGUCGAGGCUCUUUCCACGCCCAUCUUCAUGCUCAUGCAAUCCGUCGACAGCAUGGCGCAGAUCAAGGCGAUUGGCGAGAAGGAGAAGGAGAAGGAGGAGGAGGAGCGAAGGAACUUCAUCCUCAUGAUCAUCUCCGCCGUCCUGCUCGUUCUCCCCUUUGCCGGCGAGAUUGUCGGCACUGUCACGGGGAUCGGCUGGGUUGCGGAUGCGGCCUUGUUGGCAGACGUGUCGGCGAACCUGGCUUUGGCGGGCUAUGACAUCGUGAAGGAUCCAAAGUCGGCGCCGAUGGAACUGCUCAAUAUCCUGUUUGCAGGGGGUGGGCGCACGGCGGCGAACUUUGGCAGGGCAGCGAGUGUGCGGCGUGGGAUCAAGGCCGGCGAUCUGGCCAAGUUUGGAGAUGUGUUCAAACUGAAUGAUGAUCUGGUCCAGAAGUUGAUCAAAAAGGUCUGUUAG